CCCAAAAGCAAUCAUUCAUUAUAUUGCAGCUUACCAAUUCUUAGAUUACUUAAAGUGUUACUAAACCCAGGACCUUAUAUUCACUAUAUGUGGUCUCCCCGGACCCUGCAUUCACUAUAUGUGGUCUCCCCGGACCCUGCAUUCACUAUAUGUGGUCUCCCCGGACCCUGCAUUCACUCUAUCUGUUCUCCCCGGAGCCCUGCAUUCACUCUAUCUGGUCUCCCCAGAUCCUGCAUUCACUAUAUCUGGUCUCCCCGGACCCUGCAUUCACUAUAUCUGGUCUCCCACAGUACACACAAUAUGGAAAUGCGAUUAUUUUAG